AUGACAGCUCGGCCGAAGCUUCGGAUCCUCUGUUUUGGCGACUCGCUCACGGCCGGUUACGCAUCCUGGGGCGCCGUUCACCACCCAUACAAUGGAAUGUUGGAGCAGAUGCUGUCCAUGGCCUUCCCCGACCUCAAGAUCGAGACAGUUGAGGAUGGUUUGCCCGGCGCCACGGUCAAGUCUGCAUUUCAGACUCGCAUGAACGCACAGUUCCUCGCUCCGAGCAAGAAGAAGAAGAAACGGAACGACGAUGGAGGAGACGAUGGCAAGCACUACGACUGGGCAAUUGUGUUGGGAGGGACAAACGACCUCGGCAUGGGGUUUCCCCCUGAAGCCAUCUUUGAGUCCCUCAAGGAAGUCUGGGACGUCCCGCUCUCGCAUAAGUGCAAGGUCCUCGCUCUCACCGUCCCCGAGGCCGGGGUACAGGGCAUAGCCAGAGAACGAAUUGACGCCUCGCGCAACAAGCUGAAUGACCUCAUCAAGGGGUACAAGCGCGAGGGCUUCCACGUCUACGACCUGCAGAAAGCCGUGCCCUACUGGUCCAUGUCGCAGUCGGACCGCAAGAGGUACUGGGACGAUCACAUCCACUUCACGCCCGACGGGUACGACUUGAUUGGCAAUAAGGUCGGCAUAGCGCUGGUCAGCCUGCUGGCGCAGGAGCGGGGAAACGAUCCGGCGCGGCCGCAGAACCGGCGGCGCAUGUUCAAGGACGACGACACUAAGUUUGAGGAGGAGGUAGGUGAUCCGUCGGCUAUCGAUCAGGGCUAUGUCGUAGUCCGGCGGGCGGAUCUGGAGUAG